CCAAAAGCAAAAUCGCUUUUUUGUUCUCCCUUCGUUGUAUAGGAGUUGAGGUGCAGAGAUCCCCGGAGGCAAGAGCAAUGGCGGAUCAGCCGAAGAAGCGAUGUCUCUACGACGUGCUCGCUGUGAGUCGCGAUUGCUCGCCGGAGGAGAUUCGUUCCGCUUACAAGCGCCUCGCCCUCCAGCUUCACCCCGACAAACUCACCCAAUCCGGCGCCACUAACGCCGCCGGAGAAGCUACCGCCGCCUUCCAAGAGCUAUUGCACGCUUAUGAGGUCCUCUCCGAUCCCAAGGAGCGCGCUUGGUACGAUUCUCACCGCUCCCAGAUUCUAUUCUCCGAUCCUUCUUCCGCCUCCAAAUCGCGCUCCUCGUUCUUUGAUCUCGAUCUCUUCUCUUUCUUCUCUAAGUCGGUCUACUCCGGAUAUACGGAUUCUGGUAAGGGUUUCUUCAAGGUUUACGGCGACGUGUUCGGUAAAAUCUACUCGCAGGAGCUCAAUUUUGUCCAGAAAUUAGGGUUGCAAUCUGAUGCAGUCGCUCCUGCGCCGCUUAUUGGGAAUCUUGACAGCCCGUACUCUCAAGUGACGGCCUUUUACUCUUACUGGUUGGGCUAUUCGACUGUUAUGGAUUUCGCUUGGAUGGAUGAGUAUGAUUCUUUUGCCGGACCUAAUCGGAAGGCGAGGAGACUCAUGGAAGAGGAAAACAAGAAGGUGAGGAAGAGGGCCAAGAGGGAGCAUAACGAAACAGUGAGGGGAUUGGCUGCCUUUGUGAAGAAGAGAGAUAAGAGGGUUCUGGAUAUGCAGAUGAAGAAGAAUGAAGAGGAGGAGAAACGGCGGACAGAAGAGAAGGAGAGGAAGAAAGAAGAGGAGAGGAAGAAGAAGGAGAGAAUGAUGCUGUACCAGGAGCCCGAGUGGGCAAAGAAUGAUCAGGAAGAGAGCAAGAUGAUAUGGGAUGACGAUGAGGAUUAUAAGAGGAAGAAGAAAGGGAAGGGUGAGGUAGAAAUGUACUGUGUUGUUUGUAAUAAGAAGUUCAAGUCUGAGAAGCAAUGGAAGAAUCAUGAGCAGUCUAAGAAGCACCGGGAUAAGGUUGCAGAUCUGCGGAGUACAUUUGAUGAUGAAGACGAGGCAUUGAAGGAUGCUGGUGAGGAAGGAUUAUGUGUGAGUUUUGACUUUGAGCCUCUGGCUGAGGAAGAUGAGAGUUCUGAAGGUGAUAAAGAUAAACUUUCUGAGGCAUUUAAAGAUGAUUUAACCUUGCAGGUAGAAGGAGAUGAUAAUGGAAUAGGGAAUGGUAAUGAAAAUCAUGAUCUGAAAAGCCAUGGGAAUCCUAUGAAUCAUAGAGUAAAGAGAGGGACUGGUACAGAGGAUGUGGUUGGGGAUACUGAUGGAGAGAUAAGUAGAUCACAGAGGGAUGACAGUGAAGUUCAUGAGAGUAAUAAUGGCUGCUUGGAGGAAUUUUCUUCUUCAAUUGAGGAGGUUUCAAAAAUUUCUAGAGGAGAUCAAGUUACUGGUAAGACUAUGAAGUGUAAAAAGCAACAAGUAGAUGGGAAGGGGUCCGUGAGGAAGGAAGCCAUUCAAGCAAAGAGCACAUCAAAAGGGAAGAAGCAGAAGGCUGCAGCAAAGCCACCCAGUACUUCAUGUGAAACAUGUGGGGAGAGUUUUGAUUCCAGGAAUAAAUUGUUUUCUCAUUUGAGUAAGACUGGUCAUGCAAUGCUUAAAUCAUGCUUCAAAUUUCAGAUCAUGUCAGCAGAGCAUUCAUUCUUCAAGAACUAUGGUGGAAGAAGGGAGGAGAAAAAAUGGAGGGGGUCCCACAUAUCACUCCUCUUUUUUAUUUUUUUUUUAUUUAAAAAAAAAAUUGAGGGCUAAAACAUAAAUAUGAUGAAUUAGAGGGUUGAUUUGAGGAUGACCGCAGUACUUUUCAAGAGUUUUAAAGACUUAAUUGGCAUCCACCAGGCACUCCAUUUUCUUAAAUAUUUGUUUGGGAUAAUUACAUACAGAGCACCCGGAACAUUGAUAUUUACAAAUCAAGCACGAGGUGAUUUUUUUGAACUACGAACCAAUACAUUUAUGAAUACCACGAACAUAAAUUUUGAUAUUUGAGCGAAAAUUUGAAAAAAAUGAAUGAAAGAUGAUGCCUAAUUUGUAAAUAACAAUGUUCCCCGUGUUAUGCAUGUAAAUUCCCCGAGCUUCGAAGCUCAUUUUUGUCCAAUUUUAUAUGAUUUUUUUUCGUGAUUAUUGUGACAUUAUUUUAGGGAAGAGGAACACUUAUUUGCUACUUGCAAUAAUGCAAUUCUGA